ACCGGUUGCCAUACAACCAUAAAGUUGAAGUUAAAUUUUCAGUCCAGCAAGUUCAGACAGAUUUGGUUUCAUUGGCUAUUCACAUUUGCAUCUAUAUGAUAUUUGAUAUGAAUAUAACGCGAACUAAUAUUUGGUAUCUCUUCCAUUAAAAUACCUUUGUGAAAAUGAAUGAUCUGCCUGAAAAUAGUACUGAUAAUGGUCCUUCUGAGCUGGAGACCUUGGAUUACCUCCGCGGUGUGAAAUCGUCAACGUGCCUCUUGCUGCCGACCACUCCGAGUCCUACGCCACUGGAUUUUAAGCAUCCUCUGUCUGAAGACGCCGUAGAAGCGCCGUUUUUGACUUUGAACGAUGAACCCAUAAUCGGCGACUUGCAAAACGCAGACAAUUUUAGUGGAGGCUUCAGAAACUAUAGGUCAGGAGACACCAGUUCAUCAGGUGACUCCAACUCUGUGGUACAGGACCCAGUCAGUGCUCAGCUGAUCAACAACAUCAGCAUGCUGGACUAUCAGACUCUUAGCAAGAAUGGAGACCUUAUUAUAGGGGAGGUGCAAGAUUGUAAACUAAAUGGAAAUCUAAAUCUCAGUAAUAAAAAGCUGCCAAACUUUGUCAACUGGAAUUGGGCUAUCAUCAGAAAGGUUUUACUUUGGGUGGUAUUAUCUGGCUUAGUAGCUUGUCUUGCCGCUAUCAUCGGCAUGGUUGUGACUAUACCAAAAGUGUGCAACCCUGAUCUACCAUGGUACCAAGGAAAGGUGUUUUAUGAGAUAUUCCCUGCUAGCUUCAAAGAUUCUGAUAACGACGGGACAGGAGACUUGAAAGGUCUCAUUAGAAAACUUGACUAUAUUCACGGCCUCGGUGCAUCCGCUGUGCGACUGAAUUCGAUAUUUGAAGCCCAUAGUUACCCUGAACAAUAUUACAAUGUAACCUCUUUAUUGAAAAUUGAUAGGAGUAUUGGAGUUCUCAAAGAUUUUCAGAAUCUUGUGGCGGCUGUUCAUGAUCGAAACAUGUCGGUGAUUCUCGAUAUACCAGUAAUGUCUAUGGCAUCUCCUGUUGUCGGCUCAAAUUCUACUCAUGCGAUAUUACUUGCUAACGACACAUUAGUAAGUUACUUUGAUCAGACAUCUGCAGCUAUAGCCUUUUGGGCAAGAGCUCAGAAUGUAGACGGCUUUUAUUUAAAGAAGUUAGAAGAUUACGUUGAUGACCCAAAUUUCGGGCGAACACUACAGCUCUGGAAGCAAGUUAUCGGGAAUGGAAAGAUAUUUAUCGCCAGUGAGAAAACUUAUGAGAAAGCCAAAGGCGACGCCCGUAACGUUUUGCUUUCCAGAAUUGACCUUAUUGACGUCCAUUUGGACUUGCACGAGGGUAUAAGUGGUUUAAAGGAUCGUAUUGAUAAAGUUAUUACCAGCGACCUCUGGUCUAAGCCUUAUUACCCAUGGGUACACUGGAACAUAGGGAAUAUCGACAGCGAGAGAAUAUCAACAAAACACGUAAACAAUACCUUGGCACUGACAGCUCUUGAAUUUAUACUUCCUGGUACAAUCAGCAUAUUUUACGGCGAUGAAAUAGGAUUAGGUGGACUACCUCCACAAGAAGUAGAAGCAGAUUUUCAUGAACACGAGCACAUACAUAAUUUGGUACCAAUGACUUUUGCUACAGGAGAUAAGAACGAAAACAAUGUCCUGAUUCUUCCUUGGAAUUCGAAAUCAGUUUUGGAACCGAGAUAUCAAUUCUUGGCUGUUAUAAGAGGUUUCACUGAACUGAGACUGAAUACACCGACGAUUUACUUACGAGCUAUUUACAAGGAAGGCAACCUGUUGAAGAAUAUGGAAAUACGUAAAACUGAGGAGAACUUAGUUGUGAUAGAGCGCUGGUAUCCCCGGAGGAACACUUGCGUGUUUGUGGGGAAUCUUGGAAGCAAGGCCAUCACGACUGACUUGUCGACGAUGUUCUACGGCGGGACCGUGGUCGCUGGCACGAACACCUCUUUAAUCGGACAAGUGGUGUACUUCGAUAAGGUAACAUUUCCUCCUAAUUCUGCUAUAAUAUUGAAGUUGGAGAAGUAAUUAGAAUCUCAACAUAUACCUACUUACUAUUUUUAUUUGAAGUAAAUGACUUUAUGCUCAACAAAUCAAAUGUGAUUUUGAAUUUGUUACGCUCUUUGUACUUAAACAACUUUAAGACUUUGGGUCUAUAAUCGUAUCAAGCAAGUAAUAGCUGUAGAUAUAUUUACUUCAAUAAAUAUGAAUUAGAAUCUCUGUCAGAUAUUAUUAUUGAUCUGAAAACGUAGUAAGUAUCGUAUUUAAUCUAUUAUUAUUAUUGUUUUUUUAUUAAUGUACUUACAAAGUUGGAUAUUUCAUUUUAUUAUGAUUACAAAUUAUAUUAUCGUAUAUUUUUUUUAGUAUUCUGUAGUUCUUACUAGUUAUUGUUAUAUUUUUAUUCAUUUGUUCCUAGUGCUUUCUCAUUCUUAUCUAGUCUUCUUUUACUUUCUUCUUUAAUUAAGUAUCUAUGUUCCUUGUUUAAGCCAAAGAUGAUAUUUAUAGUAGUAAAAAACAUGUUAUACAAUUAAGUAAAGUUUAAUAUACAUUUGUACACAUUUGAACAAAUAUUAUGUACUUAGUAUGUCUAACAUUAUUAUGUACAAAUUAUGAUUGUAAACAAAAAUAAAUAUUUGCUGAAAUUA